AUGUCAAUGGUGGGGCACCAGCAGCACCAUCUGGGGAAGGACGGCGGCGGCGGAGGGAAGGGCCAGCUUGACACCGGCAAGUAUGUGCGCUACACGCCGGAGCAGGUGGAGGCGCUGGAGAGGCUCUACUCAGAGUGUCCCAAGCCCAGCUCCAUGCGCCGCCAGCAGCUCAUCAGGGAGUGCCCCAUCCUCGCGAACAUCGAGCCCAAGCAGAUCAAGGUCUGGUUCCAGAACCGCAGGUACGAACAAUCAUCCGAACGAAACCGAUCUAAAAGACUCCUUUUGUUCACAUAGGAUCAGAGACGGUUCUCACUGCCCUGGAUGAUCAUCUGCGCUUUAUUUAGGAAUACUCCGAGUCCUAGACAUUGUCUGUGAUGAAUGCCUGGAGAGUGGUUAGAAGACUCGCAGAUCGGAAGUUUCUUCCUUCUGAAUCUAACACGUUUAACAUGCUCAGAUUUAAGAGUAUCUGUUCUAUUAUACCUACUUUCCCUUCUCACUUCUGCCUUUUUUGGGCACACUCCGUCUAGCUGACGAUCCUGUUAAUAUUUUCUUCUAUCCCGUAAACUCUCAAAGGAGGGACUUUCCAUUCAACCGCGACCGUUCCCUCUGCUUUUAUCGUGUAUCUGUGGCCAUGCUUAUGACGAAUGUGUAUUCUAUGGAACGAAGGUGCCGUGAGAAACAGAGGAAGGAGUCUUCCCGUCUCCAGACAGUCAACAGGAAGCUGACCGCCAUGAACAAGCUGCUGAUGGAGGAGAAUGACCGGCUGCAGAAGCAGGUCUCUCUCCUGACGUACGACAAUGGCUUCAUGCGUCAGCAGCUGCACACUGUGAGAAUGCCCCCACUCAUCUUCGUAUCAUUCCUCGCUGUUAACUCCUAAGAUACAGAUUUCUAUUUUUGCUUGGAUAUUGACCCCCUUUUUUUGUUUCUAUAGGCACCUGCGUCAACCACAGAUAAUAGCUGUGAAUCUGUGGUGACUAGCGGUCAGCAUCCGCAGAACACAGCAACCCAGCGUCCCCAACAGGAUGCUAACAACCCAGCGGGGUAAUCCGCCUCUUCGGUUGUUAUCUUGAAUCAAGUUUAUUACUAGAUUAUAUCUUUAAGUUCGCAAAUUUUAUUCGCUUCUGAGUGUGCUCCUGUCACCUGCAGUCUCCUCAUGAUUGGUGAGGAGACUCUGACGGCAUUUCUCUCAAAGGCAACUGGAACUGCCAUUGAUUGGGUGCCGAUGCUGGGGAUGAAGGUCCGCAUACGUACCCAACUUAGCCGUUCUCAUCAUUUAUGCUUCAGGGUGUUCUUCUUCAAUGCGUUUUUAUCGUGGUAACCCACUUGAUAGUUUGGUCAUGUCCGCUUCUCCUGCAGCCUGGUCCGGAUUCUAUUGGAAUCAUCACUGUCUCCCACAACUGUAGUGGUGUAGCAGCUCGAGCAUGUGGCCUCGUGAGCUUAGAGCCCACAAAGGUAGAACUUAGAACGCUUCUGUUCCUGGAAUUUAGGGAGGCAUUUGGAGUUUGCCCAUGAUCGUUAUUGUAAGAGUCGGUUCUUCUUUCAGGUUGCAGAGAUACUGAAAGAUCGCCCAUCUUGGCAUCGUGAUUGUCGUCGUUUUGAUGUGCGCUCUGUAUUCCCCACCGGCAACGGUGGGAUCCUUGAGCUAAUAUACAUUCAGGUCUGGUUGGUUCACUCCGCUGGUUUCACUCUAAUCAAUCUUCAGCCACCGUCAGAGGUCUAAUUAAUCAUCUCCUCAGACUUAUGCUCCGACAACGAUAGCCUCUGCUCGUGAUUUCUGGACAUUACGAUACACUACGGGACUUGAGGAUGGCGGUCUUGUGGUAAGUCAAUACGGUGCCUUUCUUUGUUCCCCACCAUCUACCUGUUUCGGUCGUAGUUUAGCUCAACUUCUUUUUUGUUUUGCAGAUUUGUGAGCGAUCGUUGACUUCUACGACUGGAGGCCCUAUGGGACCCCCUACUCCUAAUUUCGCCAGGGCCGAGAUGCUGCCCAGCGGGUACCUGAUUAGGCCCUGUGAAGGUGGCGGAUCCAUGGUUCACAUUGUGGACCAUGUAGAUUUGGAUGUAAGGCUCUCUCGUCUUGAUUAAGCCAUGGGUUAUAAAUUUGGUCUUUGAGAACCCCUGCAACCACCAAAUCGAUUUAAUCCAUUGGUUGUGGGUGAAGGCGGCCGCCGUUCCUGAAGUGCUACGACCAUUAUAUGAAUCGCCGAAGCUGCUGGCUCAGAAAGUGACCCUCGCCGUAAGCGUGCCCCCAAAAAUUAGCAAGUUUGUUCUCGGCUCGCAUGAAAUUCUUUUUCUCGGUUUGGAGCGUCUAACAUACACUCUUUUCGAUUCUCUGUUAUUUAAUAAUAAUCUAGGCAUUGCGCCAUAUCCGGCAAAUAUCUCAAGAGACGAGUGGUGAAAUCGUCUACGCAGGUGGCCACCAGCCAGGCGUCUUAAGGGCUUUUAGCCAGAGGCUCAGCCGGUAACCAGCCGAUCAGUGAAUCCCCAUGCAACCCUGAAUCAUCGUCCCAAUAUUUCAUUGUAGCUUGACAGCACGAGGAACUUGCUCUGCAGGGGCUUCAAUGAUGCUGUCAAUGGUUUCCCAGAUGAUGGCUGGUCUUUACUAGGAAGCGAAGGCGUUGAAGAUGUGAUCAUCUCUGUAAGUUCCUCACCAAGCAAGCUUGUCGGAGCCAAUAUCAGCUCUCCAGCGGUGCUCUCAUCCUUCCCCGGUGGAAUAUUGUGUGCAAAGGCGUCUAUGCUCCUCCAUGUGGGUUUCUCUAUUAACACAUCAAAUUCUGGGCCUCCUAUUUUGAUUCCAACACCUUUCUCUCCAGAUUUUAUAGUUUAUUGUUCCUUUACCGUGCGCAGAAUGUCCCCCCACCGCAGUUAGUACGGUUCCUGAGGGAGCACCGCUCAGAAUGGGCAGACUGUGGGGUGGACGCUUAUGCUGCUGCAUCCGUCAAACCUAUCCCCAUCCUCCCAGGGAUGAGAGUUGGUGGCAACUUUUUGGGUGGCCAGGUCAUCCUACCUCUUGCGCACACUGUGGACCACGAAGAGGUAUGCCACUGAAUUCUCUAAUGAGUUGAUAGAUCAGAAAACAUGUCAUCAGGCUGCGCUUACUCUGCUCUGCUGCUGCUGGCAAAAUUUGCAGUUCCUGGAGGUGAUCAGGCUGGAAGGGCAUGGAUUUAACCAUGAGGAUAUGGUCUUGCCGAGGGACAUGUACUUACUGCAGGUAUAACUUCACGCGCUUCCCGUGUUCUUGCUGCCGAAUUUUAUCAUCAUCCAUGUCUCCAGAAAUUCAUCCGCUCAAAUGGAUGGCCGUGUUCUCGGAACAGUUGUGCAGCGGAUUAGACGACAACGUGAUGAGUGCUUCAGCUCAGCUUGUCUUUGCCUCUAUUGACGAAUCCUUUGCCGAUGACGCACCUCUGCUGCCUUCGGGCUUCCGCCUCAUAUCACUGGAUUCUAAAACAGUUGGGUGGCUUCCCCCUUCUUCAUUGUCUUCCUCAUCCUCUCGCCAUUAAAUUUAGUUUCAGUUGUCAUAGGUAUAGAUUACAUGAUUUUGAGGUUUCGCCUUCUGUAGGAUAAACCGAUGACGAACAGGACCCUGGACUUGGCUUCAACUCUGGAAGUCGGCUCUGCUGCCGCAGUGCGCCCAAAUAGUGAGGCGGUCUCGAACAGGUCUAUCCUGACGAUCGCAUUCCAGUUCAGCUUUGAGCACCACCUUCGAGAUCAUGUGGCAGCAAUGGCCCGCCAGUACGUGAGGAGCGUCGUUGCGUCCGUGCAGAGGGUGGCUCUGGCCAUCGCUCCUCAUCUCGGCUCGCAUUUAGCCCCCAAGUCGCCGCCUGGCUCCCCUGAGGCGCUCACUCUUGCCCAUUGGAUUUCCCGCAGCUACAGGUGAGCCCAAUCAUCUUCUUCCUCCCGUGCCCGUGAAGAAUCAAAUUGAACUGUCUCCAAGUGGUGGUCUUUUAUUUUUUCGUUUUGUCUCAAUCCAACCCAUCAAUCAUUUCGUGGUCUGCUUCCUCAUUGAAAUCGAUGGUGAAGGUUCCACACGGGAGUGGAGCUCCUGAAGACGGCUGACCCGCCGGCCGGUGACUCUCUGCUGAAGCUUAUGUGGCACCACCCCGACGCAAUCAUGUGCUGCUCCUUCAAGUCAAAUGUGAGCGAACGCUUCCUUCUUUCCCUUCCUCCUCUUCCUCGAGUUCUUUAUUUCCAUUCUGGAUGCUCAGAAGGGUGACCGACUUCUUUUGGUGAUGAUAUAUAAUACGCUGCAGGCGCCAUUGCCCGUAUGUAUGUUUGCGAACCAAGCUGGCCUUGACUUGCUGGAGACGACGCUGGUCGCCCUUCAGGACCUCACCCUGGACAAGGUCUUCGACGAAGCCGGCCAGAAGACGCUCUUCGCAGAGUUCUCCAGGAUCAUGCAGCAGGUGGGGAAGAUCGAUCUACCUCUCACUUCAAUUUCUCCUGCCCCCCCCCAUCCUAUCAAGGAAAUUACUUGGAGCUUCAUCAGUCAAUAUCUCACUUUGGAUGGCAGGGGUUCGCCUAUCUUCCAGCGGGGAUCUGCAUGUCGAGCAUGGGGAGGCCUGCGUCCUACGAGCAGGCCGUGGCCUGGAGGGUGCUGAACGAGGACGCCAACCAUUACCUGGCCUUUAUGUUCGUGAACUGGUCUUUUGUCUGA